UUUAUGAUAAUAUUCCUAAUUACAACUGCAUUGGCAUUACAUAUCUAUCCAAUCUCUUAAGACCCAAAAACGUAUGCUUUUCAAUUAGCAUAUCAACAAGGCUCCUUAACAAUUGAUUUGAAUUCUUAAAUGACACAAAUGAAACUUAAAGGAUAACAAAUCAAAUGUGAUGAUUCUCCAUUUGGAGACCAUAUCAAAUGUUCCUCUUGUACCCCUAAUUGUGUUAUUGAAGAAGGUAAUCUAAUGCAUGCUGAUAUCAUCUUAAGUAAUGUCUUAGAGGAUGAACAAUUAGAAUAAAUGUUAUAUAUUUCUACAGAUAAAGAAGAAAUAUUAGGAUUAGGAUAAUAAAGAGGAAGUAUUUUUUAUAUUAUAUUAUAUAGCACCCUAAUUCCCAUAAAAUCCUUUUAUUUCCAAUAUUUUUCAUCUCUGUUUUGGCUAUACUAAAGGAUUCAUUUCUAAAGAAUUUAAGAAUUCAUACUAGAAUCAAAUAAAUUACAAACUAAAUUCCUCGUCUAAAUAUUAAGUUGAUCUUAAACUUAUUAAAGUUGAAAAUAAAACUAUUCUUAAUCUAACUGGCAAAGUUACUUAUAUUGAUAGCAGAGAUCCAUAUAUUUUAUUACCUGAAAAACAUUAUCGAAAAAUAAUUACUUUCUUCUCUCAAUAUCAGAUUGUUGAACAAUCCCAUAAUCUUAUUCUAAAAAAUGAAUCUGUAGAAUUACCUGAUAUUGAAUUUUUAUUUGAUGAAAAUCAAAAACUCAUUUUAUAACCAGAUUCAUAUGUUUUAACAAUUUAAAAUCAAACCCAAAUCUUAAGAUUCAAUAGAUCUAAAUUAAAUCGUAUAGAAUUAGGAUUACCAUUUCUAGCUUAAAGACUUAUUACUAUUGAUUAAAACACGUAAACCUUCUAUUUUUCUGAUUUUAAUUGUGACGACCAAUUUCAACAUAUACCAUAAGAAAUUGAUUACAUCAAAUAAAUUAUCCUUCCAACAUCAUUGAUUUGUCUUGUCUUAUAUUGCAUUUUCACUCAAAAAGCCAAAAUUAAAAAUUAGCUCACUGCUAAUUAAAAUUAUGAAAUGACUAAAUUAAAUUAAGAAGUAGAAGAUGAAGAAGAAAUUUGA